ACCCCUCCGUUAUUUGACAAAAAAUUCCCUCCGACACCGCACACAAUUUACGAACACCGUAUACAUAUUAAUCUCACAUCAAAUUUUAAUUAAAACAAAUGACCAAACAACUCCCAGAUUGGAUCCUUCUCUCCUCCUCCUCAGCUCUAUACAUCUCUCUCUCUCUCUCUCUCUCUCUCUCUGUGGCAAACACGCAAAAUUUGAGGAACCGUUGGAGGAGUCUUCACAUUCAUCCAAGCAUACCUGUUUGAUUACUUUAUGUUAUUUGGUGGAAAUUCUAGAGGAGCUUCGGAGGGGUCUUGAGUUUAGGCCAAGAAACUCGUGCUCAGAAUGUUGUUUAUGCGCUAGAUAAUAUAGUGCGGUUAAGCUAGACAAUGCUUUGGACUGCUUUUACGGAAACCUCAUAGGCCAUUUGGUAGAUUGGAUUGUGUUGUAGGGUAUAGAUGGAUCUAAUUUAGAUCUUGAUAGGAGAUGGUAGAGAGUGAUUUGACCACAAAAAAGGUCGGGUACACAGAAGCCAACUACGCUCAGAGUGGAAGCCACCCGUCAGGCCAUCGCAGGGAGCCCUCAUUCUCUCGCUGGUGCGAUGAAGAUGGGACAGUGCAUUUUGAUCGUCUAUUAGGAAAUACAGAUGCGACUGCAGAAGAAGAGUCUGACUUUGAAUUGCCCAAGCUCCAACAGGGUGAGCUAGCACACAAUAUUUUAGAUAAGGACAAAUACCACAAUACAAAAUCUCAGAAGAGAAAUAUGCACUUGAACGGUGGUGAUACCAUGGAUUCUGCUGCUAACCAGGUUGGUGCAAACGGAAACGAGGAGUAUUUGCCCUUUGAUAUUGAGAAUGGGUCUGCAAGGAAGGCAGAUGGUGUAGAUAGCUUUAUUUCUAUGCAUGACCAUGAAGCAUUACCACCCAAUUCGGAGAACCCUAUUACUCUUACAAAUGUGUUGAAGACAUUGUUCUUUGUACUUGUAUGGUACACUUUCAGCCUGUUGUUGACCUUGUACAAUAAAAGUCUGUUAGGAGAUAAUUUGGGGAAGUUCCCUGCUCCCUUUUUGAUGAAUACAGUUCAUUUCACAAUGCAAGCUGUUUUGUCAAAGGGAAUCACAUGGUUUUGGUCUAGUAGAUUCCAAACUCGUGUUGCUAUGUCAUGGAGAGAUUACUUCGUGAAAGUUGUACCGACGGCUAUUGGAACAGCAAUGGAUGUUAAUCUAAGCAACGCAUCCCUUGUUUUUAUAUCUGUCACAUUUGCCACAAUGUGUAAAUCAGCUGCUCCUAUAUUUCUCCUUCUAUUUGCUUUUGCUUUCAGAUUGGAGUCACCAAGUGUUAGACUUUCAGGGAUCAUAUUAAUUAUCUCACUCGGAAUACUAUUAACAGUUGCAAAAGAGACAGAAUUUGACUUUUGGGGAUUCAUUUUUGUCAUGCUUGCUGCUGUAAUGUCUGGCUUCCGUUGGUGCAUGACACAAAUUCUUUUGCAGAAAGAAGAUUAUGGUUUGAGAAAUCCGCUUACAUUGAUGAGCUAUUUGACCCCAGUGAUGGCAGUAUUGACUGCCCUUCUCUCUCUUGCCUUUGAUCCCUGGGAUGAACUUAGAAAAAACAAUUACUUCAACAAUCCAGGGCAUGUCGGUCGAAGUUGCUUGCUGAUGCUUUUUGGUGGAACCCUUGCCUUUUUUAUGGUAUUAACAGAAUUCAUUCUUGUCUCCGUAACGAGUGCUGUCACAGUAACAAUAGCAGGUGUUGUUAAGGAGGCUGUCACUAUAUUGGUUGCAGUCAUUUACUUCCAUGAUGAAUUUACCAGGUUGAAGGGAGCUGGACUCUUCAUAAUUAUGCUUGGUGUUAGUUUAUUCAACUGGUACAAAUACGAUAAGCUAAAGGCGCGUCAUACAAGUGAAGAUGACAUGGAGGAACCAGUCACAACAAAUGUUGCUGCAAAGUAUGUUAUUCUUGAGGAGACAGAUGAGCAAGAUGAUGGCAGAUGAAAGCUUUACCAAGUCCAUGCAUCUAAAUUUGAAGGAAGCCAAUUUUGUCUGCUUGGUGGUACCCUAUUGGUGGUUAUUAUAUCCAGAAGACUGUCUCAAGUGAAGGAGGUGCAUCACAGAGUUUAAUGGUUAGGAAAUUAUGGAUAACCCCCUAGUUACAACCCCAUCCAUUUUUUACCCCCAGCUUUUGUUCUAUUUAUUUGCCGCCCCCUUAAUUCAUUUUGGUGUAUAAGAUCUUCAUUCCAGCCGCAAAAUCAACUAGCCCAGUAUGAUGAGUCUUCUUACUUGAAGCCCUUUUUUGUUGCACCCAGCCCUGUUAUGAACGCCCAAAUGAAUAGGAGGUUGCAGGGCCAAUGGUGGCUCACCAAUCGCCGGAGUUUUGGGCUGCACUGGGCAUGCAAGGGACACAGAAAUGGGGCUGACGUUGUUUUAGAUAAUUAGAGAAUUCCACAAUUACAGAUUAGACAUUUGUAUUCAAACAAUCACAAAUCAAAUAGUUACAGACCAAAAUAAUUGAAAAUAAACAUAGUUUCCCUUGCUUUUUCACCUUUUUGUUGGAUUUUCUAUAACCUAGUGAAAAAAAAAAACCAGAGCAAUGACUGGAUAUGGAGGCUUCAAGGUGAGAGAGUAGAGAAGGAAUCUGGGUUUUGGGAGAGGAAGUUGGUGGAGGUGGAUGCGGAGAGGGAUUCCUGGUUCGAACUUCGAAGUUUUCCACUGUUGAAGCACAUGUAGGGGGCGGGAAAAA